GCGCGAGACCUGGCGCACGGCUCCUCGGGUGCUCGCGUGCUGCCAUGGCGUCGCAAGGCAGCCAGGGCACCGACGACAGCGGCCGCAGGAAGCCCCGCCUGGCGGCGUCCUUGCAGAUGAGCAGGGCGCCCAGUUCUUCGCGGCCCUCGGCCAGCCUGGGCCAAGACCCCUGGGGGCCCGGGCCCAGCUCCAGCUCUGAGGACUUGGCGGCGGAGGGCGGACAGCCCCAGGCUGCGGGGGACAGUGGGCCUGGGCCGGGGGCCGCGGCCAGGGAGCCUGGGAGAGACUUGGAGGCGGUGACGGGGGACGCCUUGGGGGCUCCCGCGCCGCCCGCAGGGCCCACCGGGGAUAUCCCCGUGGCGGCCCAACACCUGAGCCUGCAGCUGAAAGACCCGCCGCCAGACGAGGCCGCCAACCUCCUGGCGCAGUACGCCGCCAACCUGGGCGUCUCCCUCAUCUUCCGCGAGGAUCAGCUGGCAGAUCCCGGCUUUCCCUUCUCUGUGAGUGCAGAACUAGAUGGAGUGGUCUGCCCAGCGGGCACCGCUAACAGCAAGACAGAGGCCAAGCAACAGGCAGCACUGUCUGCCCUCUGCUAUGUCCGGAGUCAGCUGGAGAGCCCAGAGCUCCCAGAAGUCCCCAGCAGGCCUCCUAGCACCCCCAUGAGUAUAGAGGACAUCCUGAUUCAUGAGCAGCGCUGUGCAGCCGUGGUCAGCGCCGGCUUCGAUCGCCUGCUGGAUGCUAGCUCACCUUACCACGCCUGUAAGGGGACCAUGGCCGCUGUCAUUCUGGAGAGAGAGGUCCCGGGGUCAAAAGGCCACACCAAAGAGAUCUAUGAGCUGGUGGCACUCGGCACAGGCAGCGGUAGCUGUGAUGGCUAUCUGGAGUUCUCAGGUCGGCAGCUGCACGACAGCCAUGGCCUGGUGGUAGCCCGGCGAGCAUUGCUGAGGUUUCUCUUCCGGCAACUCCUUCUUGCAACCCAUGGGGGUCCCCAAGGCAAGGAGCGAUCUGUGUUGGCCCCCCAGCCUGGGCCUGGGCCUGGGCCCCCCUUCACCUUCAAGCCCCGGAUCUUCCUGCAUCUCUACAUCAGUAACACCCCCCAGGGAGCAGCCCAUGACAUCUGUCUCUCUCCAACCUAUGAAGGAGGCCUCCUGCACAACCCUGCCCUACGCCUGCAAGCCCAUAUCCGAGGGAAGUUGCGGCCAGUGUGCUACCUGGCCCCUUCGCUGCGUUACACCCAUGUGGGCUGUCUCUCUGCCAGUGACAAGCUGGCACGUUGGGUUGUGCUGGGUCUGGGUGGAGCCCUGUUGGCCCACUUUCUGCCUCCCAUCUAUGCCACUAGCCUGGUUGUAGCUGACCCCUGCCAUGACCCCCCCACUCUGGAUAGGGCUAUCCACACCCGGCCAAACCUGGAUGAGGAACUGGGGUCCUGUCUGCCACCUCCCUAUGCCCGCACAAAGCUGCACCUGUUUUCAGGGCCUCCCGUGGCCCCCUCCAGCCCCACCCCCAGCACUUGUCAAGGCCUGAGCCUCAACUGGAGCCUGGGGGACCCUGAUGUUGAGGUCGUGGAUGUAGCCACUGGGCGUGUGAAGGCCAACACUGCCCUUGGGCCUCCCUCCCGCCUCUGCAAGGCAGCCUUUCUCCGGGCCUUCCGCCAGACUGCCCGAGCUCUGGGGAAGCCCCACCUGCUGACCUUGAAGACCUAUGAGGAGGCCAAGGCUGGGACCUACCAGGAGGCUCGCCAGCAGCUGUCACUCCUCCUGGACCAGCAAGGCCUGGGUACCUGGCCGUCAAAGCCUUUGGUGGGCAAAUUCAGAAACUAACUCAGACAUCAGAGCUUACUGGAGAAGUGUGUAUGUGUGGGGAGUGUGAGG